AUGGAUAAUUCUAUUUCAAGCUUUUAUGGUACUUUGUCCUCUCAUUACUACUACACGAUCCGGGCCCACUUUGUUCCUUUCUCUCUCUCUCUCUCUCUAUCUAUCUAUCUUUAUCGUUGUUUAUCUAUCUUAAAGCCUGUUCAUAUCUAUCUAUCUAUCUAUCUAUCUAUCUAUCUAUCUAUCUAUCUGUACCUUUGUUUAUAUCUAUCUAUACCGUUGUUUAUAUCUAUCUAUCUAUCUAUCUAUCUAUCUAUCUAUCUGUACCUUGUUUAUAUCUAUCUAUCUAUCUAUCUAUCUAUCUAUCUAUCUAUCUAUCUAUCUUUACCGUUGUUUAUAUCUAUCAAUCUAUCUAUCUAUCGUUGUUUAUAUCUAUCUAUCUAUCUAUCUACCUUUGUUUAUAUCUAUCUAUCUAUCUAUACCGUUGUUUAUAUCUAUCUAUCUAUCUAUCUAUAUAUCUAUCUAUCUAUCUAUUUAUAUCUAUCUAUAUACCUUUCUAUUUAUAUCUAUCUAUCUAUAUACCCUUUGUUUAUAUCUAUCUACCUUUCUAUCUAUCUAUCUAUCUAUCUAUACCUUUGUUUAUAUCUAUCUGUACCUUUUUUAUAUCUAUCUAUCUAUCUAUACCUUUGUUUAUAUCUAUCUGUACCUUUGUUUAUAUCUAUCUAUCUAUCUAUCUAUCUAUCUAUCUAUCUAUCUAUACCGUUGUUUAUAUCUAUCUAUCUAUCUAUCUAUCUAUCUAUCUAUCUAUCUAUCUAUCUAUACCUUUGUUUAUAUCUAUCUAUACCUUUGUUUAUAUCUAUCUAUCUUUACCGUUGUUUAUAUCUAUCUAUUUAUAUAAUCUAG